GACUCCCAUCUAUGAUCCAAGUUUCUAUGAUAUCGUAUUUGUAUCAGAGAUCUCUCUGUUUGUAUCUUUAUUUUAUAUGUAUAACAGAGUAUAACUGCCGUCAACCCCGUCAACUGUAAACAGUCCAGUCAAAGUUCCCAUCGAACUAAAUCUAUUUAAAUCUAUGUAAGAAUUUAAAAGGAUUUUAAUUAUUUGGCAGUUUACUAUAAACUACCAAACAUGGAGAGAUUUUUGAAUAUUGACUGGAAUCCUCCUUUAGAAGACAUGUUGGAGAACACUUUCAUUGAUGAAGAAAGAUUAGAAAAGGAAACUGUUAUGUAUAAAAUUAUAACUGGCAAUUUUACAGACCCAUUUAAAGAUAUUGAAGCAGACUAUGAGCAUGUUAAUAUUGAUUCAAUGAAAGGAGAUAUCCCUGAUUUAAAUGAUCAUGAGAGUACUGAAGAAACUGAGAUGGAGAUAGAAGAAUCUAAACAACCUGUAUCUAAACAGCCGAAAAUAAGCAAACAUUAUGUACCUGGCAUAGUGAAAUCAAUAUUUAAACCUACAAAAAAGUCAACAUUAAAUGACACGCAACAGGCCAUGUGCUUAAAAGUAUUGUUAAGAUUUUCAGAAUCUAGCAAGCCGAAGUUGACACAAGCAGAAAGAGAAGAUUUACAAAAAUACGUAGAUUUACAACCACAAAUAACAAAAGAGCAAGACGAGUUCUUACAGUUUGCAAAAAGUAAAUGGCCUGAGAGGACUCACACAAUUAAAUGUGAAGAUUUCAUAAAUUUAUGUUGGAAAGCGAAGUUAGAGUAUUUUUAUACAUUACCUAGGUUUUAUGCUGAAAUAACGAACAUACCGUUCAAAGCUGAUAAACUUGUUGAAGUAAAAUUUAUUUCUGACUGUCUACAAGGAGGUGAGGGAAAAGAGAUAAUAUUGCCAAAUUUUGAAAAACCAUAUAAGCUACAUAUAAAUUCAGAAAUGUUACGAAAAAGGUAUCCUAAGAAGAAUAAUUACACCAAAUCUAUUUAUUGGAAAUUACCUGUAAGUGAAGAUGCACAUUGUCAUAAAUUGGCUGAAAGUAAUAAUGUGGAUCUAGUGAUUUCAUCAAGUGGCCUCAAUUGUUUAGUAAAUAACAUUGGACCGAAAUAUUCAAAUUCAUGGAUCUUACCCGUGACCAUUAAAAGGCAUAAUGAUAAAAAUGUUAUCUAUAUCGAUAAACCAGCUCCGCCAGUUGCACGUACUGUACCAGAGAAGAAUUCCUGGGUGUACAAAUACAUUCUUAAAUAUUACUUUACUUGUACCAAUGAUGAAAGCAACGGGGAAUCUGAUGAUAAUAUAUUUGGAGAUAAUAAUGGCGAUGAAUUAUUAGCAUUGGAAGAACAAUAUGAAAAUACAUUAGUAAAAGUUAAAAGCGAACCACCUUCACUUAUCAAAGAAGAAAUUAAAUCAUCAGCUGUGGAUGAAAAAAGUAUAAACGCUGAUGACAAUUCAACAAGAAAUAUUGUACGAAGUUUUUCAGACAAUAUGUCGGAUGUCGAAAGUCUGAGUAAAAGUGUUGAUGUUCCUAAUUUUAAUGCUUCAAAGAAAUAUCAAGGUGCAAAAAAUAAUAGUUCAGUAUCAUAUAAGUUAUUUACUAUCGGACCACCACAACUUUCUGAACAAAAUGAAUUAAUGAAGAAUGUUCAUAAAGAAUACAAAAUAUUAGUUCGAACGAAAUCAGAUGGCUACGAGGUGGUAGAAAAUAAACUACGAAAAUUGUUAUUGCUAGCACCAAAGUUAGAGCAUCAACUCGAUUUCGGUGCUGAAGCUGUGACAUUGGAGGAGGCACUGAGGCAAUGGAUAUCUCUGAUAUUUCGACCGGAUACAUGUCUUGCAAGAGUUCGAAUAGCAGCACAGACAGCAGAAGUAUUACAAAUAGAAUAUCGUACGGCAGUAUCUGUAAACAAUGAGAUUAAGAGACUCUUCAAUGUCAAAGUCGAAGAUUCGUUAGUCAUUUUUCACAAUAUUAUACAGUCUCUCUCAACCUUCUCUUCGGGACAGUAUAUCAUAAGACAUACGAUAAGAAACGGAGCAUUUGCUACUGUCUAUAAACCGGUAGAAGGACCAGGGAAAAGUGUCUUGGAUACGCACACGAUUUACAGUCAAGGAUUUCAGACGUUACCUAAUCCUUCUUGGAUUCCAUUAGAGAAAACAUUACCAACUCCGAUGCAAAAACAUUUCGGAAGAAUGCCAGCUUUGUUUUAUCCAUCAGCCAAUAAGACGUGUAAAAACGAUAAGAAAUGCAAAGGGAAAGAAAAAUCUAACACAAGGACUAAUUUCUAGGUGCAAUCCGUAGAAGUUUAAGGAAUAAAAAAAAGUGAGUAAUAAUUAUUGUACAUAUGAAUUGAGAAAUACUGUUAUAACACAUAAGAGAGCUUGGAAACAUUAGAAUUUAAAUGCAUACAAUAAAAUUUUAUAUAUUCGUAUAAACACGUCUAACUUAUCCAGUGUACUUUAAACUAGUUUUCCCUAUUAAAUAGGCAAUGAAAUAACGUUUUAUAAUAGAUUUUUAUUUGAUAAAAUUUUUUACAACAUUGUGUAUAAAUACAUGAUUUUCAUUGUAAAAUAGAUAAACAUUUCAAAAAUAUAGAAAUAAAUUUUAGCUUGUAAAAAACAGAUCAUAGUACCGUUCCAGCUCUUACAAAAUUUCGAGAGCGCGUAUAGUGUAUAAUAAGAUGCACAAUCCUUUAUGCCCAUAUAUUUAGUUAAUAAAACUGGUGUAAGCAUUUUAA